ACUUCAAGGAAAACAUUACAAGUGAGUCCUCCAAGGACGCAGAUAAGUGAACACGUCGUUUGCCAACCCCCUGAGAAGACCUUUAAAGGGAGUGGUUUGCGCUGUUGAUGACUGCAGAAUUGACUCAGACACCUCCGAGUGUAAUUCACUCAGCUCUCAGCAAACAUGUCAACAGACUUUUCCAAGAACGCAGUGGAGAGCCCGGAGCCUUGCAAGGCAGAAGUAAAAGGGAAUAUUCCCAGCUGGCUGCAAGGCACGCUGCUGCGCAAUGGCCCCGGCCUCUUCUCUGUGGGGGACACCCGCUACGACCACUGGUUUGAUGGCAUGGCCCUCAUGAGCAGCUUCGACUUUAAAGAUGGUGGAGUGACCCACAGGAGCAGAUUUCUUCGAGGGGACACCUACAAAGCUAACAUGGCUGCAAACAGGAUAGUUGUGUCUGAAAUGGGGACAAUGGCCUACCCAGACCCAAGCAAGAACUUCAUUGUCAAGGCGAUUACCUUUCUCAACCACACAGUGCCUGACUUCACGGACAACGGUGCAAGUAAUUUCAUUAAAUAUGGAAAGGACUAUUACGCCACCUCUGAAACCAACUACAUCCGCAAGAUUGAUCCUGUGACACUGGAAACCCAGGACAAGGUGGACUACAUGAAGUACCUUCCGGUCAACUUGGCCUCAUCCCAUCCGCACUACGACAAAGAGGGCAAUGCCUACAACAUUGGAACUUCAAUCGCAGAGAAGGGCAAGACUAAAUAUAUGUUGUUCAAAGUCCCUGCUGUCCAAGAGAAAGACAAAGGCAAGAACGUCCCCGCGCUGAAGAAUGUGGAGGUGAUCUGCACAGUUCCCUGCCGUUCCCUGCUCACACCCAGCUACUACCACAGCUUCGGCAUGACAGACAACUACUUCAUCUUCAUCGAGCAGCCUUUUAAACUGGACAUCCUCAGGAUGGCCACUGCCUACAUGAGGGGAGUCAACUGGGCGAGCUGCCUCAAGUUCUGCCCUGAGGAAAACACGCUGAUUCACCUGAUUGACAGAAAAACCGGCAAAGAGGUGGAGACAAAGUACUUCACAGGAGCAAUGGUUGUCUACCAUCACGUGAAUGCUUUCGAGGAAGACGGUCAUGUGGUCUUUGACGUCAUCGCCUACAGUGAUAACAGCCUUUAUGAGAUGUUCUACCUGAACAAGCUAAAGGAAAAUCCCGGGUUCCAUGAUGAAAGCUACUCCAAGCCAAGCUACAAACGAUUCGUACUUCCCACCCACUCAGAUAAGGGUGUGGCAGUUGGAGAGGACCUGGUGAAACUCAAGUACACGACAGCCAGUGCGGUGAAAGAGAAAGAAGGCAAACUAAUCUGCCAGGCAGAGGUGUUCUGUGAAGGUUUUGAAUUACCCAGAAUGAAUUAUGACUUCAAUGGCAAGAAGCACCGAUUCGUCUAUGGGAACUGCGUGGAGGAGUCCGCACUGUCAAAAGAGAUUGCAAAGCUUGACAUGGAAACCAAGGAGAAGACCUACUGGAGUGAAGACAACUGCUGGCCGUCAGAGCCUGUGUUCAUCCGCAGACCAAAUGGAGAGUCAGAGGAUGAUGGUGUGGUCCUAACGUCAGUCAUCAACUCCAACCCAGGACAGUCUGGUUUCAUCCUGAUUCUUGACGGCAGAACAUUCAAAGAAGUAGCUCGAGCAUACGUGAAGGCUGACCUACACAAGGAUAUGCAUGGAUUUUUCAUCCCACAUGAAAAUUUGUAAUUUGUGUACAUGUAAACUGUGCUAUAUGCCACGGGGAUCUAUUUGAACAUUGAAAAUCACACUGUUUGGGGUAUCCCAUUUGCUCACCUGGAAGAGCAUGCUUCCCUCUCCCUUCCCCCCAUUUCUGUCUAUCUUUGGCCCCAUAAAUAAAUAAAAAACACUGCUGAAUAGUGUUUUAGACAAAGUGUGAGGAGGAUGGUUUCAUGGACUACCGUAUCUUUUUAAAAUGAAAGGGGUUGUAUCAAAACAUUUUUUAUAUGUGUGUUUAUGAAAAAAGAUGCCAAAUUCUUGAUUUUGCCUGGAUUCAAAAGUUGUAUAAGCAUGUAUAUAUCACUCUUUGUUAUGUAGUCAACAUUAUUGUAUUGUAUUGCUUUGAGAUCACUGUAUUUCUGCUCAUUCUUGUCAUUAAAAAACAACA